UUGAACGCCUGUCGUGUUUUUGUCGACUGCUGCGGCUGUUUCCCGGACAACCAAGGAGCGACAACAAAUUGGAGAUGGGAGCAAGUUAACAACACACCAAGUAACGAAGACGAUAGUUAACGGUAAACAUACAAAGCCAGUUACCAGACGGUUUGCUUUGGUAAAAUGUAGAUCAUUGGCUCAUGUUUAUUUCGUAUCCAACAUGCUUAAGAGCUAAAAUAAAAAGUUUCACCACAACUCAUCUGUGUGUGAGGUGCUGGAAUAAAAGUGAAACGCCAUAAAGUUGCGUUACAUUAGCGGUAGUAAUUCUCUGUACACAUGAGUGAGGUGUGUGUCCGGGUGGCGGUCCGUAUCCGUCCCCUGCUUCCUAAAGAAGUCCUUCACAACCACCAGGUGUGUGUGCGCGUGGUGCCGGGCUCCGAACAGGUGAUGCUCGGCUCAGACCGACUCUUCUCCUUCGACCACGCGUUUGGACCGACUGCCAGCCAGGAUGAGGUGUACGAGUCCUGCGUCCGGCCCCUGGUGGAGUCCCUGGUCGACGGCUACAAUGCCACCGUCUUCUGUUAUGGACAAACUGGGUCAGGGAAGACACACACACUCGGAGGAGGGAACUUGGAUGAUGAGGGAGGAGUUAUUGACCAUGUGGCCCAGGAUGUGUUCUUGUUCCUGGGUGAGAAGAUGGGGAACAGCGAUGGUGUGGAAGCCACUGUGCGGGUCUCAUAUAUGGAGCUGUAUGGGGAGGAACUGAGAGACCUGCUGGAGCUGCACACCAUUCACAAGGAGCUUCAUAUCAGAGAGGAUGAGAGGGGAAACACAGUGGUGGUGGGAGCCAAAGAGGUGGUUGUCACCUCAGCAGAGGAGCUACUAAGUGUUCUCGAGACGGGCAAUGCCCUGCGCCACACUGGCACCACGGGCAUGAACGAUCAUUCCAGUCGCUCUCACGCCAUCCUCACCCUUCAGCUUGUCCAGAGUUGCCACAAGAAAAACUCUUCCCUAAAAUCCGUCCGCUCUUCCAAACUCUGUCUGGUUGACCUAGCAGGCUCGGAGCGUGUUGGAAAAACUGGCAACACCGGGACACGGCUCAAAGAGUCUGUUCUCAUCAACACAGGCCUGCUCGCGCUGGGCAACGUCAUCCGUGCCCUCUCUGACCCUGUGCGAAAUCGCCGUGGUAACAACUGCAACAGUGCACACAUACCCUACCGUGAUGCUAAGAUCACCCGUCUCCUCCGGGAUUCACUGGGAGGCACCGCCCAUACGCUGAUGGUGGCGUGCGUGAGCCCCUCCCACCACAGUGUAGCUGAGACUCUGAGUGUCAUGCAGUUUGCUUCCAAAGCCCGUCACAUUCGUAACCGUCCUGGAGCAACGUCUACUCACACAGAGGCUAAAACAUGUCCCACAAGUUGGGACCCCGGUGAGGCUCGACUGGGCGAGCUUGAGUAUGAAGUACAGACACUGAGAGAGCUACUGAAAGAGAAGGAGAGAGAGGUGGAGAUGAAAAGGGAGAGGGCAGCUGGAAGAGGUGAAGAGGGGGACAGCUUCAAACAGCCCAGUCAGAUGAGGAUAUCUGACCCAGAUAAGAAGAUGAACCAAGAGGUACCAUCACAGUACCGCCUUUUGGCACAGGAAGCUGCAGCCCUGCUUGCAAAUAUCCCAGGCCCCGCUCCAAGUCACUCUUUCACGCAGCGAUUGCAGGAUUGGCAGGAGAGACUGACAGCUGUCAGUCAUUCACGCCAAGAUGAUGAUAAGGGGUGUUCAGAGGGGGAUGGAGACCAACCACUCCAUGUUACCAUAUUAAAGCUCAGAGAAGAACUCAACAAAUGUAAGGAAGCUCUCACCAUAGAGGAACAGCUGUUGGAGCAGAAAGAUGCAGAGCUGAGACAGGCCCACAAAGAAGUAGAGAAACUCCUUCAACAGAGCGAAACACACCGUCAGGCCUUCGAGGAAGAAAAGGAACGUACUCGUAUACAGACUGAACACCUUGUGGACCAGCAGAUCCUUAUAAGUCGUCUUCGCAGCGACCUCAUGACCUUUAGGGGCGCAACCUCAGGAGCAACAGUGGAAGCAGGGGCGUAUGAGAACUUAAGCCAGAGACCCCACAGUGUCCCGCUGAUCAGACACAGCUGUGUACACGGGCCUCCCAGGAGGAUUCACUCCAGUCCCCCGGCCUAUUCACUGGAGAGGGUGAUGGCAGCCUUUAAGAUGCGUGGCCACCUCCUGCUGGCAGAGAUUGAGGAAAAGGAUGAGGUGUACUGUCCGUUCAUAAAGCAACAGGCAGAGGCCAAAGACAGAGUUCAAGAGAAGGAGGAGGACAUCUUAGAGGGCAAAAUGGGAUUUAGGCGUUCUUUAAACCGAACAUGGACCAGCCGGCAGAAGAAAUCAGCUCUGAAAGAGAAAAAGUCUGGACUAGACCAAGCAUCUAAUGGAAAUUCAGUAGUACAACAGCCUCAGCAAGCCACAGGGACAAAGGACACCCACGCAAAACAAAGCCAAAUGCGGAAGGCGAGACUCAGAACCAGUGUUACUCAGAGAAGGAUCCGAGAUCUGUCAGUCAACAUGCGCAUGAAAGAGGAGCUCAUCAAAGAGCUUGACAAAACUGUCAGGGAGACCCAAGCAGCAGACAGACAUGGCAGACACAGUGGCGAAAGUAGAGAAGCCGACAUGUUGGCAAGACUUUCCAUGCAGAGCCAGCAGGUCAAAGCAGAGGUGUACCGCAGCCUGCAGCACAUGAGACUGCAGAGAGCACAGCUUCAGACCAGCCUCAGGCAGCAGAGAGAGACCAGUGACAACAACCAAGAACUUGACCAAAACGGGGAGCAAGUCGCGGGAGAUUUGAUUGCGUACAAAAGCAAUAACCAGGAAGAGUCAAAGGAAAAGAUGCGUGAGAGUAGCUGGCUGGAGGAGGAGGAGGAGUGGGUGCUACAGAAGAGAGCAGAGCUGCAGGAGGUGGAGGAGGAGCUGAGGAGGAGAGAGGAGGUGAUCGUGCACAGGGAGGCCUGUCUGCAACAGAAAAACAAACUGGAGAUUAAGAUGCUACGCUCCAGUCAGGCUCUAAGUCAGGACCUCCUGCAUGUGUCGAUGCAGUUGGAGUCUUUGGAGGAGCAGCUGCAGAGCAGCAGCAGUGUGAGGCAGACUGGAGGAAUCACCAUAGAGGAAUUGGAGAAAGAGAGAGUCAUGCUUAAAAAGAGGAGAGACACUCUGGAUGCCCAGCUGAAGGACAACAGAGUGCUCACUGUGGAGGAGGAGCAUUCCCUGCUGCAGCUGGAGGAAGCUAUUGAAGCCCUGGAUGCAGCUCUGGAGUUUAAAAACCGCUCCAUCCAGGACAAACAGAAGAAGCUGAUAAUCACAGACUGCUCUUCACAUCGGUCACAAAGCACUGAACCCGCCCAACUCUGUGAUGUCAUCAGGAAGCUGAAGGAGCUCACAACACCUGAGGCUUCGGAGCUGCUCGUCAAAUAUUUCAACAAGGUUGUUUGUCUUCGUGAGCGGGAGCGCCACUUGCGUUUGCGUUGUGAAGAGCUGGAGCUUCAUGCUGGAGAGCAAGAGGCGGUGGUGAGAGAGUUUGAGGUCGCCAUGCAGCGCCUGGCCCUGGAUGCAGACCGCAGGCUCACCCAGCAGCACCGAGAUCACCAGAGCAACAUCCAGCUACUGCUGCAGAAACUUAAAGAGGGUGGUUCUGGAAAGGCACAGCAGGCUAUCCAAGACAGACUGCAGCAUCUAGAGAAAGAGUUGUUUUUCUACAAAAGCUCCAGCCGACAGCUUAAAAAAAAACUCAAAGAGCUUCUUGGUGACACCCUAAACCCUGUCAAUCAAUCUUCACACUUGCAGGAGCACAGACAAACACACAAUACGCACACACAUGCAAGUGCAAGCGAACCCCAGACGCGCACUGAAGAGGUACAGACGAGGACACAUAUUCCAAUAACAUACACAAAGAUACACACUGAACAAAUAGAUAAAAAGACACACAGCGAUUCACAUGUGAAGAGACACGCACACCAGACCCCCUGUCUCUCCUCAUCGUCUGACCUCCAAACACGCAAAAAGACAAAAAUGCCCCAAUACAACCAGAUACACACACAACCCAAGGGGGGUAGUGAAAGAGGGGCUAGUCAAUCUGGGGAAAGUUUAGAGAUGACAUCAGUCCGUUUGUGUCGUAGAGAGCUGAGACAAAUCUCUCCAGCUGACCUGCAGGUCUGUGGUUCUGCCACAAGGAGGCGCCAGUCUGUUGUGGACACAAGCACAGAGUCAAUAUUAGAGGACUCCAUAGAAGUGCCCUGAAACACUGACAGAUGAAGAUGCAUCAUUUGCAGAUCUAUUCAGUGGCUUUACGUACAUCAUAGUACCUGACUUGGCAGCAGGGGUGCGUACAGCAGAUUCCAGUUAGGGGCUAAAAAUGUGUGUCGUGAAUAGCCGAUGGAAAAAAACUCAUCUUAAGUAUCUUGUGAAAAUGUUCAUGUAUUGAGAGAAAACACUUAAUUUAAGGACAUUGAGGUCAGUGAGAAGUUCUCACAGGCUCAUUAAAUUACUUCACUAACCAAAGUAUUGGCCACUAUUUAAUGCAUGUCCAUAUUCAGAAUACACUAAAGAAUGAGACGAAUGUGUGUUAAGUUGAAAAGUGUUUGCUCAGUUUUUAGGAAAUAUGUCCUUUUGUUAAACAUGCCCAUACUACUGUCAGUAAAUUACAUGUACAAAGAGAAAUUUGCGAUUAUUGAGUUUUGUCUCAGUUCUUGCCACGCCCAAAUACAACACUGCACAUACACAUGUUUUGGUCCCCUCAAUGAUUUGGGGAUUUUGAGUUUCAAGCUGUUGUCCUAGAUAAAUAUAUAUUAUAUUGUCCUAAAUCUUUUUCACAUAACUGCAUUGAAUAAAUAAAUUAUAUCCUGGAGUUGUUUUGAGAAAGGGGUAUUUAUCAUAAUACAGUAGCUCACUUUAAGGUUAUUACCAUCUGCAACCACUGCAUUGAUUCUCCCCCUUUCACAAAUACUAUUAGUUUAAACAAUAUAAUAAGUUGGGGGAAAACAUGUUCAUCAACCUGUUGUUAAAUGUAAUCAAAUAGUGUCUCGUGAAGAGAAGUGCUUUGUCUUUCGCCUUUGCACUGUUUAGCACUUAAAAUGGCCAGUAGAUCAAGUGUUCUGCACUAUAACAGUAAUAUAAAGCUUGGUCGUGUAUUUUAUGCAUUUUUUUAUUUUUUGUUACAAAUGAUUUGUAUCUGCGUGCACUAUGUAAUGUGAGUUAUAUAUUGAUUUGUUGUGUAAAUUAUUUUUACAUGGGUGACUCUUAUUACAGAUCCUUAUUAUUAAAUGAACUAAUAUGUA